AUGCUGCCGAUGAGCACGACAGCACCCGAUGGAGGUUCCUUGGGAAAUCCAAUCUAUGAUACUCCUCCUCCUCUUUCAUUGACCAACAAGUCUACUACUAUUACUGGAAUAGAACAUCAUCAUUCGUCUGCUGUGAUUUCCAAUCAUCAUCAUCUCAACAUGACGAGCAAUGUCACGUUGGCGGCGGGAUUGUCAAGUCACCACUACGCUGACGAGUCGGUGCUCCAAGCGUUAUUGUCGUCGGAGGAUGCCAAUGUCGGCGCCUUUGCACAAGCCCUGCAAGACUUGGUGACGGCUCUACCCGCCGGAACGGCAGCUCGUCGGGCCGAAUCCUGGCUGUCCCAGUUGCACAAGAAGGAGGAGCCAUCGUCUCACUAUGACAAUAAUUAUUCCAAUACUAAUAAUAAUGAAUCGCCGUCCAUCAAGAGCUGGCGACAAGGACACGCCACCACUGCGUCGCAUUUGUCAACUAAUACUACUGGAGGAAACGACCUGCAAGCUAUUCUCCAGUGUCAUUUGGUGGUCAUUCAGGCAUGGGCCAAUUCCAAGGAAGAUCCCCUGUUGACCGUCAAACGAGCCGAGCGGUGGUUGGAACAGGCACAUAGAAUUGCCUCACAACAGCAACAAUCUGCCAUUAUCCAAGAGACCCUGACGGAAUGUUACAAUGCAUACUUGGAUCUGUGUUCCAAAGGACAAAAGAGUGACCGAAGAAAACGAAGUCACGGUCGAACAUUGGCCGAAACAACCCAAGAUACCUUGGAACGAAUGGUGGAAGAGUAUCAUUGGACCGGUAUGGUUCGUCCCAAUACGGACACAAUCAACUUUGUCAUGCGGGCCAUUACCAAGACGAAUCAAAACGACAUGGCCGAACGGACCGGAGAACUCUUGCGGCGGAUGGAAACCUCGGUGGAAGAGAAAGAGCGACUCUGUAUUCCACCCAAUGCCAAGUCGUACUGUCUGUGGCUGACGAGUCUCGCUACAGUGGCACAGAUCAAAGCUAGACGAUACUUGAAAGAGUACCAACGAAAGGACGCUCAUUUAAUAGAAGAAACAGCAGUCCAUGGGGACAAUAAUAACGGGUUGAGAGAGUUGAAAACGAUCCUCGAUGCCGUCAUGUUUCGUACUCGAGGGGACAUGGCGGGGGCAUUGGUGGACGGCAACGAUCCCUACAAUAUCUUACUCCGCGCUUGGUCCAAUUUGGCCGGCCUCCAUACCAACAAAUUCCACGGGCCAUUAGAGGCAGAAAAGGUCUUUCGAACCAUGGUGGAAUUAAGCAAGGAACGUCCCACCGUGGCGCCCGACGCGACAUCGUAUCAGAUGGUGAUUCGAGCGUGGGCCAAGUCCAAGGAUCACCGUGCGGGCGAAAAGGCGCAAUGGUGGCUCGAAAAGCAGUGGGCGGACUUUCAACAACAACAAAGUGGCAACGACAACAACAAAGUAAUGCCAACCACCAGGACUUACUUUGAAGCCAUUAUGGCGUGGACUGCAGCGGGAUAUUCCUACAAGGCGGAUGCACUGUUGAUGGAAUUGAAACAACGUCACAAGGAACAGACCGAUCCCAUCGCCAAGCAACAGUUAAAACCCACCACCGAGAUCUAUGGGAGUGUCAUUCGCGCAUGGCUAAGAACGGCCGAAUCACAUCCGCAGGGGCAGAGCGGACAGAUCGGGUCACUCACAAUGGCCGUGGAUUGGUUGGAUCAUCUCAUCCAAGAAGAAAAGGACGGUGGUGAUUUGAUGGUAACAUCCGACUUGUUUCAGGGAGUGUUGAAGGCUGCCACUGCAUGUGCCCAUGGCAGUCCUCCCGUGGCGGAAUUAGCCAAGCUGACACUCGAUCUCUCGCGACGGUCGAGCACUCAAACGCACCCCUACAACUACGCGUAUGUGGCGGAGGCAAUCAUACUGGCACACACGUGGCCAGAAGACGAUGCCGUUCGCACCCAAUUAUUGACCAAGGUCGUAAAAGAUUGCUGCGACGAUGGGCUUGUCAGCAAACGCUUGAUUCGCACCUUGUCCAAUAGCACAACCUACAGAACAGGAUGGACCAAGUACGAGAGUGCACGCCUCCUGAAUGAGCUGUUUCCGGACAGGCCCAUGCCGGCGUCUUGGACACGCAAUGUACGACAAGAAACUCUACUACCAAGAGUCAGAGACUUUGAAAGAAAUACCAAGUAA